AUGAAGGAAUCUAAUAUUGAAUGUAAUCAUUGUCGUAAUAUGUAUGAUUCCAGAAGUUAUUGUACUGUAUGUGCUGGAGCAUAUAAAAGAAAGGAAUCUGAUAAUAUUUAUGGAAAUAAAAAAUCACCAACAUUUUCAAAAAAAUACUUUCAUUUUCAAAAUAAUAAUAAAAAAACAUGCCAUUCACAUAGAAAACACCAAACUCAAUGCCAUCAUUGUCAUAGAUGGAAUAUUACAGGAAGAAUAUGUAGUUGUCGUCAAACAUCUGAAUUAUUAUUUCCAACAGUCAUUUUAAAAGAUCAUCAUCACCAUCAUCAUGGGUAA